AUGUUCGCCCCGAUCCUCAGGAGGCGUGCCCUCCAGAAGGCCAGCAGCUUGCGAUAUGUCACCCCGGCGCUGACAAGAUGGUACGCGUCGUACCCGCCACACACCGUCGUGAAGAUGCCGGCACUAUCGCCUACGAUGACGGCCGGCAACAUUGGGGCCUGGCACAAGAAGCCCGGUGACAACAUCGCUCCGGGCGACGUCCUAGUUGAGAUUGAGACCGACAAGGCCCAGAUGGACUUUGAGUUUCAGGAGGAAGGUGUUCUUGCCAAGGUCCUGAAGGAAACAGGCGAGAAGGACAUUGCAGUCGGGAACCCGAUCGCCGUUCUGGUUGAGGAGGGCACUGACGUCAAGGCUUUCGAGAACUUCACCCUUGAGGAUGCCGGUGGUGAGGCUCCAGCCUCAUCUCCGCCGAAAGAGGAGAAGAACGUUGAGGAGUCCUCGAAAGCCGCCUCUGCCCCGACACCGACCCCAGCCCCCGAACCUGAAAACACCAAGUCGAGCGGCAAGCUGCAGAAUGCUCUUGACCGCGAGCCCUACGCUGAGCCAGCGGCGAAGCGUCUCGCCAUUGAAAAGGGAAUCAAGCUCGAUGGCGUGAAGGGCUCCGGCAAAAAUGGCAAGAUCACGGUCGAGGAUGUUAAGAAGCUGGGCUCAAGUGGCCCUGCGGCGGCUGUCGCUGCAGGACCCGCCGGUGCUCUCUAUGAGGACAUUCCCAUCAGCAACAUGCGCAAGACAAUUGCCAACCGUCUCAAGGAGUCCGUCUCCGAGAACCCUCAUUACUUCGUUUCCUCGUCUAUGUCUGUCUCCAAGCUCCUUAAGCUGCGUCAGGCCCUCAACAGCUCGUCCGAGGGCAAGUACAAGCUCAGUGUCAACGACUUCCUGAUCAAGGCCAUCGCUGUUGCAUCCAAGAAGGUGCCGCAGGUCAACUCUUCGUGGCGUGACGGCGUCAUUCGUCAGUUCAACACUGUUGAUGUCUCCGUUGCUGUCUCCACCCCAUCUGGCCUGAUUACUCCCAUUGUCAAGGCUGUCGAAACCAAGGGUCUGGAGAGCAUUUCCGCUUCGGUCAAGGAGCUGGCCAAGCGCGCUCGUGACAACAAGCUCAAGCCCGAUGAGUACCAGGGCGGCACCAUCUCCAUCUCCAACAUGGGCAUGAACACGGCCGUCGAGCGCUUUACCGCCGUCAUCAACCCGCCGCAUGCUGCCAUACUCGCCAUCGGCACCACCAAGAAGGUUGCUGUGCCAGUCGAGAGCGAGGAUGGUACUACUGGUGUCAAGUGGGAAGAUCAGAUCGUCAUCACUGGUAGCUUUGAUCACAAGGUUAUUGACGGUGCCGUCGGUGCCGAAUGGAUGAAGGAGCUCAAGACGGUUGUUGAGAACCCUCUGCAGCUCCUUCUGUAG